ACGCUGCCCUUGACUGACCCACGUGAGUCAGUUCAGCUGCCGAACUUCAUGCUAAGCCGGUAGCUAGCUAAACUAUCUAGCUACAUUCCGAGAAAUACGGGCCUCGCUGCUUAGAUAUCUAAUUAUUUCAGUCUAAAAGACUCUUCUGCUUAAUCUGGCUCCUGGCUGGGCUCGUCUAAAAUGUCCUGUAACAGUAAAUCUCUGCUGUUUCUACUGCAGCGGUGUGUCGCAGUCAGGCAGGUAACGUUAUCGACAGGGAUCAAAACAAGAAGCAGCGUGUUGUCAGGCAGGUGUGGGUUCAUUCAGCAGCGAACUUGGACUUCAACAAGCGGCACAGUGUGUCUGCAGAGGCUCUGUCAGCUUCAGUCCGCUGUGAAAACCAGCCGGUACAGCUUCUGUAACAAGGCAGGAGCACCUUGUGAAAAUGAAUACCCACCACUGCCGGCCUAUCAGUCUGAUUCAGAACCAGAGAAGAAGGAGGUGUACAUCGUACAGGUGAAAGGUCUCCCGUGGUCGUGUUCGGCUCAGGACCUCCUGCAGUUCUUCGCAGAGUGUAGGAUCCGUGACGGGCUGAAGGGGAUCCAUCUCACUGUGGACAAGCUGGGGAGGCCGUCGGGACGAGCCUUCAUCGAGAUGGAGCACGAGGAGGACGUCAGCAAAGCUCUGGAGAAGCACCGACAGUACCUCGGCCCACGCUAUGUUGAAGUGUUUGAAGUGACGAACAGCGAUGCUGAAGUCAUACUGAAGAAAGCCGCCCAUACUCCAUCUUCUGACGGGGUGGUACGGCUCAGAGGUCUUCCCUUCACCUGCACGGUGGCCGAUAUCGUCCAGUUUUUUUCAGGUUUGGAUAUAGUGGAGAAUGGGAUCACCAUCAUCAUGGACCACAAAGGGAGAAACUCUGGCGAGGGCUUUGUGCGAUUUUCCUCUCAAGAAGCAGCUGAUGAAGCUCUGAGGAGAGACAGAGAGGUCAUUGGAAACAGAUACAUCGAGGUGUUUCCCAGCAGAAGUGACGAGAUUCAUUCUAGUUGGAGGAAGAGGACGAGUUCAGCUUCUCCUCAGACCAGCCCUCAGUCAGCAAACAGGAGGACCGCCUCACAGACCAACCCCAAAGCUGGAUCCCCUCUGAGCUCGGCCCUGCCGCUUCAUUACAUCCAUAUGAGAGGACUUCCUUUCCAGGUGUCUGGUGAAGACGUCGUGAAGUUCUUUUUUCCUCUAGCUGUGUCUAAGAUCCUGAUUGAAUGCGGCCCUGACGGGAGGCCGAGCGGUGAGGCCGACGUUUACUUCAGUUGCCACCAGGACGCCGUGGCCGCCAUGUCCAGAGACAGACAGCACAUAGGAGAAAGAUACAUCGAGUUGUUCCUGAACUCGGCGCCAGAACAUGAUGGAAUGUGAAUGCCGACACACACAGAUGCCAAACGCACACACACAGGACUACUGUAUUUAUUUUCCAGCUUGACCUGCAUCAAACAAUAAACCUUCCUGGUGUCAAAAGAAAAA